AUGCUGCACACGCAUGGCGAGCAGCCAGAUCAAAGCGCCGACAAAGCCAAGGGCCAAGAUGACAGGGGCCGUGGCAAGCUCGCCCCGCCGCUGUCGUUGCCCAAGAACCGGAGCACCGGUAACUUGGCUCUUCAGCCCGACGCUCCGACCGACCGAAGCCGGUACCGCAUGUCCUUUGAAGCCCCAUCCCCUACUCUCAUAGACUACGACUCAAUGUCGAGGUCUGCUCACUUACCCGACCAUGAACAUGGCCCCGGACUGUCCGGUCUACGUCGCAUACGCCAGCAGCACCCUCCCUCUCGCAACCCGACCAUGCCAAACUCGACCGCCACUUCGCGGAGUCCAUCGGUUCCUGGCGUUCCUGCUUCGCCAAGUUUCUCCGAAGAUCUGUCACGCUUCCCCUCCGAGUCUCUUCAUUCCUUUUCCUUCGCCCACCAGUCCGAGGACUUUCUGCACAACCGCCAGAGUGUCCUCAAGCGUUCCAUGGAGUUUAUGAAAGACCGCAUGGGAUGGUCCAUGAACUCGUCGCAAGCCGGUCUAGCCAGUGCCCAGGCCAGGGUAACGGGAGAUGUCGAUGCCCAGAACGUAUUGGAGCUUCUGGCUCAGGCACAAUUGAUUGGGGCGGGCAACCUGCCCAACCCUGACCAGUCAAUGGCUGCAGGCCCCUUGACCGGCCCUGCCGAGUUGACGGGCGAAAAUGUCUUUGAGAGGCAGUUUCCCUCAAAGCUUCCGCAGGUUCGCUUUCAGGACCAAAGCAAUGCGCCGCCGGAAAGCUCAUGCAUCGCGCCGCCGGGGAGCCUAGAUUCCCAGAACUCGAGCAGAACGCCUACCAACGAGAGCGGAACGACUGCCAUGACAUCGCCGCCCGCCUCGAGACCGACGAGCCUGAAGCGCACCAUGACGGACACGCUCGGGAUUACCUUGCAGCAUAAACUCAUGGACACAAUGUCGCAACCAUUCUUGGCGGACCAGCAGAUGUACGAGGAGCCAACAGUGUCACCAACCUUGGCGCAAGCAUCUCGGCCAUCCAAAAAGUUCCCAAGCGCCCUUGGCCCUGCAGUUCACGGUCACACAAAUAGGUGGGUGCCCGCCGCCCAGGCUAUUUUCACUACAGAGACAAAGCCGCCGUGGACCAUCAUAGCCGCGAACGAUCUUGCUUGCCUCGUCUUCGGGGUUACAAAAGCCGAAGUUCGCAAAAUGGGUAUACUGGAAGUCGUCCAAGAGGAGCGGCGGGCAUGGCUGGAGCGGAAGCUCCUGCGUGCCGAAGACGACGCAGAGGACGAGAGCACAGAGGGAGGCAAGCCGAGGACGCCCGCCGUGUCGGCUGCGUCGACCCUACUUGGAGGCCGAUCUGGCAUCACGGCUCAACUCCUGAGCAAGCCGAACUCGAGGUCUCAGCCACCAAAGUAUUCCCCACGGAGAGCCCAGACGGUCCAUAGUGGUGAUCCUAGUCCGCCCAAGACACGAGGCACUGGUCAGCAUCGGAACAGCCUGUCCCGCGGAGUCUUGCUCUGCGGCGAUGUGGUCCCUAUUCAGAAGCGCAACGGCGCCACGGGCUCAGCGAGCCUGUGGGUCAAGGAGAAACGGAUUGGCCUGAUAUGGGUCCUGGAAGAAAUCCACGAGGAUGUCGCCUACCUGGAGCUGGACGAGGAAGGCGCCGUAAGGAGUAUUUCCGGUGCCGCCGAGCCGAUUUGGGGGUCCAAGUCGGCCCGCUCGGACUUUGACGUGGCCGAGUUGAUCCCCCGGAUUCCGAGGCAAGGCAUCGAUCCCACCAUCGGCGAGAUCGACUUUGCGCAAAUCACGCGGCGGAAAUACUUCACGUGCCCAAACAACCGACAGGUAAACGUGCCUUGCACCGUGGAGCAGGUCCGCGGCAAGCUGGAGUUACGGGUGUCGUCUUUCCCGCACAUGGCCGGCAUCGUGGUUGUUGAUCCAGACAGCUUGAAGAUUCGAAGCUCCAACUCCGUCUUUUGCGGCGCCCUGUUUGGCUACGAGAAGCCCGACGGGAUGCCCAUGAACUCCUUGAUCCCCGAUUUUGACAAGAUUCUCGAGACGAUGACGGAGGAAGACGGUCUGCAGAUAAUGGACGGGAUGGUGGUUCCCGAGCAGCGGUUUCGCCGUGCAUCGGCCUUUUUAGCAUUGAAGGAGCAUCGCCCCGACGCCGCCGCAGUCUUUUUGCAGCCAGACGGUCUGCCUGCGAAGCAUCGGGAUGGGUCAGACCUCAAGAUUGAUGUCCAAAUGCGGGUUGUGGAAAGUGAGAAGCAGGCUAGCAUCGCAGACGAGACCGUUGCAGAGGAUAGCGACGAGGACGAUGCCGACGGCAGUGACAAGCCUCUCUCGGUGCCGCGCAAGGAGAUGGUCUUUGCCUUGUGGAUUACCUAUUCGCGGCAUCUGCACGCACAUGCACGACUGCACGUAGACUCGCCGGCCAACUCGGGCUCAACGACACCGCUUCGCCAGCCUUCUCCCGGACAGACACCCCCGGUCCACACACCGGUGGAAAUACCGUCUGACGAUGACGAGGCCAAGAAGCAAACUUCUCCGCCCGUCGCGACUCUGUCGAAGCAACUGAAGGAUGCCGCGCUGAGCGCAGCCGCCAAGUUUACCAGGCACGCCAGAGCAUCACCAAAGACUAGUGAAAAGGCCGCCGUGGCCAGAGCUGCCGAGCCGUCUCCCAAGACCACCAUCGACGACUACACGAUCCUGGAAGACAUGGGCCAAGGCGCCUAUGGCCAGGUGAAACUGGCUCGUCACAAGCAGUCCGGGAAGAAAGUCGUUCUCAAGUACGUCACGAAGCGCCGCAUUCUAGUCGACACAUGGACGAGAGACCGGAAACUAGGCACCGUCCCCCUGGAGAUCCACGUCCUCGAGUACCUACGGCGGCCUGAAUUCAGACACCCAAACAUUGUCGAGAUGGAAGGGUUCUUCGAGGACGACGUCAACUACUACAUCGAGAUGGCGCCUCAUGGGUUGCCCGGCAUGGACCUCUUCGACUACAUUGAGCUGCGGGCAAACAUGGAAGAGGCCGAAUGCCGCAGCAUCUUCGUGCAGGUGGCCCAGGCUAUCCACUUCAUGCACACCAAAGCACAAGUAGUGCAUCGCGACAUCAAGGACGAGAACGUCAUCCUCGACGGCGAGGGCAACAUUAAAAUCAUAGACUUUGGCAGCGCAGCAUACAUCAAGAGUGGCCCCUUUGAUGUGUUUGUGGGCACCAUUGACUAUGCUGCCCCAGAGGUCUUAGCUGGCAAGCCAUAUGGCGGCAAGGAGCAAGAUGUGUGGGCGUUGGGAAUUCUUUUAUACACCAUCAUCUACAAGGAAAACCCCUUCUACAGCAUCGACGAGAUCAUGGAUCGAGACUUGCGCGUACCGUUUACCAUCAGCGACGACAGCAUCGACCUCGUGCGGUGCAUGCUCAACCGCGACGUCAAGGAGCGCUACUCCAUCACGCAGGUGCUGGAACACCCGUGGUGCAGAGCAAUCGACCCGGAGGGAUAG